AUUCUAAAAGUCUUCCAUGACUUGUGAUUUUUCCAGGCACUUAGUGAUCAUGUUUCUAAUCAGACUAAACACUUUAUCAAUUUGUUUUGCAUUGUUCACUGCAAUUAUUUGCCAAGAAUAUGAUUUUGCGGCAGAGAUAACGCGACAAUGCCUGGUGCCUGAUCCUGUGGGACUGCUAGAUUGUGUGGAAAACAAAGUCACUCUUCCUUACUUAACUAGUUGGGUCGAUUGUACAAACAGCCUUGGACAGAAUGUCAGAACAUCAGCUGACAUAAUUAACUACAGAUGUAAGAGCGUUUGGGAAGGAAAAGGCGUUAUACCGGAAGUAUUUUACAUCAAAGACUGUGUAAUCGAGAAAACGGGACUGCCAGCAAAAAAUGUAUCUGCAGAAGUACUAGGAGCGUAUAAGGAAUGUGAAAGUACACCAUCUAGCCAAAGGACAAAAUCUGCACCUAUUCAACAACAGCAGAUAUAUACUACAGCCUCUGUUGCAAGCAGGCCACCAGCAGCAAGUUUAGUCCCACAACUGCCAGCACCAGGCUAUCGUCCUUAUUCACAGCAAUAUUUUGUUAUUUAUCCUCAAGCUCCUUUAGUUCCUCAACAGCAGUAUCCAAUAGCAGAAGGAACUCCCCAACUUCAACAAUCAACAGUGCCCUACUCUUUCUCAAGCAAUCAAUUGUCUCAGUCACAAUCUCUGAGGAGUUACAAUCCACCACUUAAUGGUGCAUAUUAUUAUCAAUUUCAGAUUCAACAUCAACAAAGGCCAACUGCUUGAAAUUAUUUUUUACUUCUUUGAUUAAAAGCAACUGAUAUUAUACAAAGUAGUUUUGAAAUUA